AUUAGAGCACGCGAACAAACCUGAAGUUAUCGUACCCGACGAGUAGAAUUUUCGAACGCAGCGCCAUGUGCGGGCGUUAUCGUUUUUUAAUUUUACUUUUUUUUAUCAAUCUCGCGUGCGCGCAGCCGCUACAUGAAAGCGAACCCAAUUUGCGCUGAAUCUGACAGAUUUCCCGCGUACUGUGUUGCGGGUAUAAACAUUUUCGUAUUGGAUUCGAAGGAGCAUUAUCUUAGAAUUUUGUUCAUGUCAGUACAAAAUGAAUGUAACACGUGCCAUUCAACGACGGGAGAGAGGCUACGGUAAUUACAUACGAACGCGAAUGGUAUAUGAUUAUGAUUUUGCACUUUAUCGCCUGAAGUGCUACUAUGAGGAUGUAUACCAUGGGAUAAGUCCAAAUGUAAACACAGAUGAUUAUAAUCCCCGGCCACCAGUGUUUGCAUGUCGUUUCUGUACUGCGCCAGGAUACGAGGAGGUUCUCGCCCUGGCUAAUGAAGAUGGGAAAGUCGCCUUUCAAGACACUAGGAAGAAGUAUGAAAACAAUGCACCAUUGGAAGGAACACAGGCGCACUUUAACGCAAUCUUUGACAUUGCCUGGAUGCCAGGAGAGAUGAAGCUGGUCACAGCAUCGGGAGAUCAUAUGGCACGCUUGUGGGACGUUGCCAGGCUUGAUAUGAAACAAAUUAAUAACUUUGGCGCACAUACGAGAAGUGUAAAAACAGCGGUGUUCCGUGAUGAAGACAGAGCUGUAUUUGCAACGGGUGCGAGAGACGGUUGCAUCAUGAUAUGGGAUAUCAGAGCUAAUCAUAACUGUCAGCCUAGGCCAGAUAAUUGUAUUGCCAAUGCACAUAGCACGAGUAGCACAGGCAAUACGAAACGGAGGUCAUACACUCAAGCAUCGCGAGCGCAAAGUAUUACAGGUUUAGUGUUUCAAGAUGAUUUUACGCUAAUCUCGUGCGCUGCAGGCGAUGGAUUAUUAAAAGUAUGGGACUUGCGCAAAAAUUACACCGUCCACAAGAAAGAGCCGAUAGCCAAGCAUCUAAUGAAUUACUCCGGGAAUAGUACCAAGAACGGUUUCUCCUCGCUGUUAAUAUGCCCAGCUAGGAUUACAUUGUACGCCAGCUGUAUGGAUGACGUUAUAUAUGCUUAUAAUGUAUCUUCAUAUAAUCGUAAACCGGUGGCCAAGUAUUAUGGACAUGAGAAUCGUACGUUCUAUGUGAAGACAUGUUUGAGUUCCGACGGUCGUUAUCUUGCCAGUGGAUCGGGCGAUGAACUUGCGUAUAUUUGGAACACUAACAAACCAGGCACGUCACUAAUUAAGCUUUCCGGUCACACGGACGAAGUGACUUGCAUCGCGUGGUGCAGCGUAGGCGAAACUAAGAUCGUGACUUGCUCCGACGAUGCUUGCCAUAAAAUAUGGAGAAUCGGAGUCGAGGAUCUAGCAGAAGACUACAGGGAAUCUAUAAUACGCGGUCGAGCUGAAGUCGUAGACAAAUUAGAAAAAAUGAAAAUACAAGAAACUACCCCAAGUACUCGAAACUCGAAUGGUUAUCAAGACAUUACGCCAAGCUCGGACGAACACAAGGAAUCUGUCCUUUCUUCAGUUGAGACUCCUGAGUCUAGUAGUAGUAUGGAAGAUUAUAAUGGAAAUAAACACCAUUCUGCCAAACGUAGUUACCUGCAAAUGUCAAGAUCUGAGGGAAAAUUCAAAUGUAUUUUAUCACCUAUUUAUGAAAACCAUAAGACGACUGCAAAACGAAUUCAUAUAGAAAAUCGUGGCAUGCGAAGAUUAUUCGGUUCGAGCAACGAAAUACCUAGUACGAGUAGAGAUUACAAUUCGGACGAACCCAGUACGAGCCAGUCCAUGAGUGAAGAAGUUUUUUCGCCUACAUUAAACCUGCCAAAUUUCGUGAUGGAUGGUACAGCGCCGCAUUUACUUGAAAUAUCACCGCAAAAGUACAAAGAGAAUGUCGAUUGGUUAACGAAAAUUAGGAAGGAGAGAUACAAUCAAAAGAAGGCGGCGUCGAGCAGUCCAAAAACUCAAUCGACACCUGGCCGACGAUUCAACAGAUCCCGCUCGACCGAACCCCAAAAAGUAACAAAACCAACAAAAAGUGUUUCCUUAUUAGACUUUUUUAAGCCAUCCAAUGCCAUUGGUAAAGAUAGCAAAAAGGAUCUGCCUUCGAAUAGUGAUAAUUUACCAUCAUCGAGUACAUCUUGAAAAUAGUAGAAUUCGAUAAUUUACAAAUUAUGGAUAUUCAUGAAUUGAAUCUAGAAAUUUUUUUCGGUUUCAGUUUUUUUAUUUCAUAUAAUAUGAAAGCAGAGGAUCUUAGAAGAUUCUGUUUGCCAAUAUUGUAAAAUAACUGAAACUUGGAUUUUCCUUCGGAUAAUGGUGGGGUUUAUCAUCAAAACGAAUACAUUUUUAAAAACAGUACAUGCUGAAUUUAGUAAUUUACGAAUGAUGGACACUCGCGAAUUAAAUUUAAAAUUUUUUUCGGUUUUAGUUUUAAUUAUAAAAGCAAAGACUCUCGAAUCCCGGUCACUAAUUUUAUAAAAUAACUGAAACUAACUCCUGAUAUAACGCGUUUGAUGAAAAGACUGGUUUAUAAAAUGCUAAGAGCUUUUACGCUACUGUACAAAAUAGAAACAUGAAAGAAGAUAUUAAAUCUUAGCAUUACUCGCAAUAACAUAUCUUGCGUAAUUUUCAAGAGUAACGUUUAAGGCGAUUUAAUUAUAAGUUGUAGAUAAAUAUGAUCUGACAAAUUUUUAAUGAGCUUUGUAUUAGACAUUACAUUAGUGCAUGAAUGUAUUAUACACAAAUUAACGACCGUUAUAGUUGAAAUAUUUUUUGUACCCAGUAAUAAAUUAUUUUUUUAUGGAAAAGA